AUGACUACAAAUCAUAGACCCACGCUUGAAAGUAAGCGAGGAAGAGCAAAUCCCAUAAAAAAUACGAUCAAGCAUGCACGAGCCUUGAGUGGGCAGAUGGGGCUAAAAUUGAGGCCCGACAUUGAAGGUGCAAAAGUGUCUACGAGUCUCGGGAAGAGAGCAUUGGAAGACCCGGAAUCAAGCACCAAAAGGCAAAAAGGGGAACUGGAGAACCUGGAGCCAUCAGAACGUCAUAAUAGUGACUCCUUGAGUUUGGAGAGUGGAAGUGUCACAGACGAUGAGCGUGAGGAAGAUGAGAAUGUCGAAUCUCGGGAGGUGAUAGAGAAGGUGAAGGAGGAUGAGGAUAAGAAGAACCACAAGGGGCUACAAAAUAAACUGGAACUGCCACGUAAAAGCUCGUGGCGAAACACCCCGUUUAGAAAUAAAGUAGAGCCUCGCAAGGAGUCUUUGCCGACAUAUACCACUGACACGUUGCACUCAGACAAGCACCAGAAGUUUCUCAACAAAUACAUUCACUAG